UAUAAAUUGUUCCAUCAGAUGAGAUGAUGUACUUUUCUGCUUCUUUUCCCGCCAGAGCCUCUGUGUAACAGUUGAAUCAAAGUCUUCAAGGAAUCAAUGAUCAUUUCACAAGCAAAGCGAUUGAAUCAGACUGUAUCGACCCUUGUGUCUCACCAUUAUAGAUGCAUCGAACACUCUCCUUCAAAGCCUUACCACACUGUUCGCCCGAAGAGACCCAGCACCAAGCCUCGCAAUCAACAGCCUCGCAGACCCGCAAGAAAGCUUCUUCUCCGAAGACCAAUACCUUUCGUAACCCAAGUCAAACAACUCGAUGACCCAGAUGAAGCCCUCUCUCUAUUCAAUGAAUACCGCCAAACGGGAUUCAAGCACGACUACCCAUCUUACUCUGCUCUCAUUUACAAGCUCGCUCGUUCCCGCAAUUUUGAGGCCGUUAAAACCCUACUUGUUCAGAUUAAAGAUUAUAACCUUCGGUGCAGAGAAUCCCUUUUCAUUGGACUGCUUCAACAUUACGGGAAGGCCCGAUUGCCCGAGGAGGCCGUACAGCUCUUCCGGGAGAUGACUUCUUUCAACUGUGUUCGUACGUUACAGUCCUUCAAUACCCUCCUCAAUGUUCUUGUUGAUAAUGGUCGGUUGCAGGAUGCGAGAGAGAUGUUUAACUGUUCGACUGAAAUGGGUUUCCGACUGAAUUCGGUUUCCUUUAAUGUCCUGAUUAAAGGUUGGCUUGAGAGGGGCGAGCGGGAACAAGCUUGCCUGGUGUUCGAUGAAAUGCUUGACAGAGAAGUCGAACCCACUGUGGUGACUUAUAAUAGCCUCAUUGGGUAUUGGUGCAAAAACGGUGACAUGGAUAGGGCUAAAGGUCUACUAGCUGACAUGUUGCAGAAGGGGAAGCGCCCCAAUGCAGUCACAUAUGCAUUGUUGAUGGAAGGCUUAUGCUUUUUAGGUAAGUUUGAGGAAGCAAAAAAGCUGAUGUUCGAUAUGGAUUAUCAAGGGUGCAAAGCACAACUUGUUAACUACGGUGUUUUAAUGAGUGACCUUGGGAAAAGAGGGAUGAUUGAGGAAGCCAAAGCUUUGCUUCAUGAGAUGAAGAAAAGGCGGUUUAAGCCAGAUGUCGUGACAUAUAAUAUAUUGAUCAAUUACUUGUGUAAGGAAGGUAGAGCUUCUGAGGCUUAUAAACUCCUGUUGGAAAUGCAGGUCGAGGGUUGUGAGCCAAAUGCAGCCACAUACAGAUUGAUGGUUGAUGGGUUUUGUCAAGUUGAGGAAUUUGAGAGAGGUUCAAAGGUCUUGAAUGCAAUGUUAGUGAGCAGGCAUUGUCCACGUCUGGAAACAGUUUGCUGUUUGAUUAGUGGCCUAGUCAAGUGUGGCAAGGCAGAUGAGAUUUGUUUAAUUUUGGAGACAUUGGAGAAUAAGAAAUUUAGAUUUGAUUUGGAAUCUUGGGAAAUGCUUGUUAGGGAUGCCUGCAGCAGCAAUAAUAGUGCAAGGGAUCUUGUGACCGAACUCAUUGAUUCUCACAAGUAG